AUGGAAAACUCAAUGGACAAAGGCAAAGCUAUAGAGGACAGGUUUGAACUGGAUAUGACAAACUUUCCAGCUUUAUCAGCCAUUGCUAUGAGGAAUUCUUUUGGACCAUUGACUAAGGGAUCAUGGUGUUUGAGUAGUGUACCUCCUGCUAAAGGAAGAGGGUGGAACUAUGCUACCAACUAUCAGGAUGCUUCAAAUGGGAGGAAUACUUGGAACUCGCAGUGGUAUAAUGUUACUAUCUUAAGUGUUGCAGCUCAAUACAUACAUUGUUUGGUACAAGAUAGGGUGGGAAUAAUUGAUUGUGCAAUUACAGCUAUAUAUGGUUACAAUACCAUAGAGCAAAGGAAACAAUUAUGGAGUGGUUUGAAGGACAUUGCAACAGGAAACACAAAAUCAUGGUUGCUAUGUGGGGAUUUCAAUGCAGUCCUAUAUACCAAUGACAGGCUGAUGGGCAACCCCAUUACAUAUACAAAAGUGCAGGAUUUUGCUGACUGUGUAGCUAAUCUAACUCUGAAUGAACUGGCAUGGAUAGGUGACUAUUACAUAUGGUCAAACAAGCAACAUGGUGUAGAAAGGAUCAGCAACAGAAUUGACAGAGCUUUUGGCAAUUAUGAGUGGAUGAUGCAGUGGGGUCAUGUGGCUACUAAAUAUGGAUUGCCAUACAUAUCUGAUCAUAGUCCAAUGCUAUUAACCCUUUACUCAGCUCCUAAACCUAGUAAAACACCUUUCAGAUUUUUUAAUAUCUGGGUAGAUCAUGAAAGCUUUAUACCCAUUGUGGGAAGAGUCUGGAAUCAAUCUUUCACUGAGGACAAAAUGAAGAACAUUUGGAUAAAAUUGAAGAGGUUAAGGCCUUUGUUUAGGACCCUAAACACCGGGCACUAUAGAACUAUUAGUAUGAAGAUUGAACAAGCUAGAACAACCUUAGAGGAGGUGCAGCAGAAGAUUAUUAUAGCAUAUAAUGACAAUCUGAUUGAAGAAGAGAAAAGCCUGUUGCAGAACUUAGAAAAAUGGUCCACUAUUGAAGAAAGUGUAUUAAGGCAGAAAGCAAGAACUAAGUGGAUCAAACUGGGAGACUCUAAUACCAAGUAUUUUGCAGUUGUUAUGAAGGAAAGAAGUCAGAGAAAGCAAGUAAAUGAACUUGUUUCAAUCAUGGGAGAUAAACUUGUUCAUCCUGACAGCAUAAAGAAGGAAGUGGUAGAUUUCUAUAAAUCUUUAAUGGGAUCAGCAGCUCAAUCUCUGCCUGUAAUAGAUAGAAUGAACAUGAGUAAUGGGCCAAAACUAUCACAAAUGCAGAAACUUGCUCUAUGUGCUGAGGUGACUGACAAAGAGAUUUAUAAUGGAUUAUGUGCUAUUGACAGCGAUAAAGCACCAGGAAUUGAUGGCUACAAUGCUUACUUCUUCAAGAAGGCAUGUAUAAAGCAGUGA